AUGCUGCAUGAAAUUUACGCUCCACGGGAUGUCGCAAGUAUAGCUUGGAGCCGGCGGAAGCUAAGUGAUUUUCAAAAACUAGUAAAUAAAAUACGAGAGGGGUUUGUGCCACCAGGUCCAAUACUACUUUACGGACCAUCAGGUUGUGGUAAACUUUCGUCUGUGUUAGCCAUUUUUCAGCAGCCACAGCCGCAAACUCCUGGGGGUGGUGGCUCCUCUUCGCGUUGCUCUUUUUCACGUGCUCGAGUGUUGCAUUCAUGUGACGCUUCACCAUGGGAAUAUCACCAAUUUCUGAUGGGUGUUCUGUCUGAGCACGGUGGCGCUAACAAUAACGUAGUGGUCGAUUCAGAUAAGUCGGUUACUGCUAAAGCUCUUCAACGGGGUGAAGGUUCGGACGGCUUUUGUGCGGCGGUACCACAUGUGGUAAAGUUCUACGGAGAAGCACCAACUUCACUUUUGCAUUCGGUAACGCUUCGUUUUCUUAAUUACUACAACGCAUACAGACACGAAACUUCCCUAUGUGGUAACUCCGUCGGCGCAGUGAAAGAUGGGAACUUGCUCACUUUACGUCGACAUAUAUUGGUUUUAAUAUUCACCACCCAUGACACACACAAUGAAAAGGUGGCACUGGGGAAAUUGCUGCCUUCAAGUAUUCUUAAUCACCCUUGUUUGCACAUGUUCUAUUGUCCACCUGUGACGGAGCGAAGUUUAAUUACUUGCAUUAAACGGGUAUUCAAUACGGAGCAACUUCAGAGACGGAAACAAGGGCAAACCCCUCCUCCUCCUCUAAAUGAUGAGGAAAUUAAAUUAUUGGCCGAGCAAUGUCAUGGCGACAUCCGCCACGCUCUGCUUCAAACUCAAUGGCUUUUGUUGAACACAAAUGAUCAUAUAGCGGGUGAAGAGCAGAAGGUACAGAAGGCACCGCAGAAGCGGCGGAGGUCACCACGUGUUGGUGCUCAGGCAUUGAGGAGUAUGGAAGAUCUCCUGGCUGAUGAUUUUGAAGAAAGCAAUACGUCUGGAAGCAUGGUAAAACCGCCCAGCACAGCUAAAGGAGACAAUAUGAAUGGUGAUAAUGAGAACUCGAAUAGCUCAAAGUCAUUGUCGCAAGAAAAUGAAGGUCUUUCAGUAUCUAGAGAUGAUUAUCUUGAUGUCUCCCAUGCUGCAGCACGCGUACUCACACAAAAGUACACAAUGGAGUCAGUGGUGCAGCUACUCAACGUGGAACCAGACAAAUUACUCGGGUAUCUCACAAACAACAUGCUCCCUUACUUCCUUCCUGAACAUAUGGAGCCAUGCGCACUAACCGCUGCCGCCGCGAGUUAUUCCGAUGCUCUACGUGUCUCAGCUGUUAAUUAUAGGUUUAUUCGCAGCAACCAUGGACUAUUCACCACUUCGCUCACUGGUGACAAUGAAAACGAAGGAACAGGACCUACAGAUAUCAGAUUGAUAUCCCUUCUACUCUUCGGCAAAGCUUAUACUGUCUACCACAAAAAUGUUUACGUUCCAAGUGUGUUUGGUGGGAAGCGGGCGCCCCCUCAUCUCGCCUUUGCGUAUCCACGGUUGAGGGAGUUGCAAUUUGCUCGUGGUCGAUAUAAAUUUCGUAACGAUGAAUUGGAAAUGAAUGAACAUGACUCUGAGCGAGAUGGGGAGAAAAAGUUUGCCCUAUUUUCGAGUGAGGAGGAAUGGCGUCGUGACUUUUUGCACCGCUUAGAGUUGCAGUUGUCUAAUGGCGAAAAUCAGAUAGGACCUGUGGUUGAUGUAUUAAAGGAGACGCUUCCGCCACUUCUUGAUAGGUGCAACUCACUGGAUUCGCUUAUUCUUGAGUAUGCACCAUAUGCGAGGCGGAUUGUGCUCAAUCACUCAUCGUCCCCCUCGGAAUCACCUAUCCGUACUUGUAACGCAAAUGUCAGCAGCCCUUCGAGAUGCAUUGGUGGUACUACGCCACCUCCGGAAUUGAAGAGCGCAGGGGCGCUUUCACGUCCAAAGCGGACGUUAUUUAUGGUUGGACAGAAAACUACGACAGUAGGCCAUGAACAGCCCAAACGCCGGUGCUCGAACCUGAGAUAUCGUGCAUUGUGUGUCGGACUCCAAAAAACGCCGCCAAUCAGGGAAGAGUUUUUUUACUUACCCACCGAAGAAGAGGAAUGUGAUGAUGAUGCACCAGAGUGUUUUUCAGGGCAGACUACUGUGCGACCCAGCGGUGGUUCUUCAUGGUUGCCCGAAGGAGAGGUAAUUGAGGAGUUUAGCGAUUAA